AUGGCAGCUGUCGCUCGAAGAAGAUCAUCAUCCGUCGGCCUUUCACCAGUCGCCGCUACAGAACUCACAGAUUCCGUCGUCAUUGUUGUUUUUGGCGCAUCCGGAGAUUUGGCCAAAAAGAAAACUUUCCCCGCUCUAUUUGGUCUGUUUAAAAAUGGAUUGCUCCCUAGGAAAACUAAAAUUGUUGGAUAUGCACGCACUAAAAUGACCCACGAUGAAUUCAUUGACCGUAUUACCCAACGCCUCAAUUACAAUAAAGACGACCAAACUCAAGUCACAAAAGUUCAAAAAUUUAAAGAUAUCGUUUCCUAUGUCUCGGGACAAUAUGACUCAGAUGAAGGCUUCAUUGAACUCAACAAACACGUGGUUGCUCUAGAAGAUGAAAUGCAGGUUGAAACCCGCGACCGAUUCUUUUAUUUCGCCCUUCCUCCCUCUGUCUUUGCCGAGGUCUCGGUUCACCUUCGCAAAGAGGUAUACCCACCAGGAGAAAAAGAUUCAGUCCGUGUCAUUAUUGAAAAACCAUUUGGUCGUGACCUCAAAACUUCCCGUGAACUUCAAGAUAAACUCUCUCAAGUCUGGCAGGAAAAUGAAAUGUUCCGCAUUGAUCACUACCUCGGAAAGGAAAUGGUUAAAAACAUUUUGAUUCUGCGUUUCGGUAAUGUUUUCUUCUCUUCCUCUUGGAACAGAAAUACCAUCUCAAAUGUUCAAAUCUCAUUUAAAGAACCCUUUGGCACCGAAGGCCGUGGUGGUUACUUUGACAAUAUCGGCAUCAUCCGUGACGUUAUGCAAAACCAUCUUCUCCAAGUCCUUUCCCUCGUCGCAAUGGAACGUCCAGUUUCCUUUGACUCUGAAGAUAUUCGUGACGAAAAGGUCAAGGUUUUAAAGGCAAUUGCACCCCUUGAUAUCAAAAACUGCGUUCUCGGACAAUACGACAAGUCUAUUGACGGAACAAAACCUGCAUACACUGAUGACGAAACUGUCAAGCCUGGCUCCCGUGCUGUCACUUUUGCCACCAUUGCCCUGUCGAUUGAAAAUGAACGUUGGGAAGGUGUCCCCUUCAUUCUCCGUGCAGGCAAGGCCCUGGACGAAGCCAAGGUCGAGAUCCGUAUCCAAUUUAAGGACGUUCCACGCGGCAUUUUCCAAUCCAUUCCUCGUAAUGAGCUCGUCAUUCGUGUUCAACCAGAAGAAGCAAUCUACCUCAAGAUGAAUUGCAAGUACCCAGGCCUGUCAACCCGAACUCUGCCAACAGAUAUGGACCUGACGUACCACUCACGUUAUGCGGACCUCCGCAUUCCUGAGGCUUACGAGGCCCUUAUUCUCGAUGCUCUUAAGGGCGAUCAUUCUAACUUUGUUCGUGAUGAUGAACUGGACGUUUCUUGGACAUUAUUCACCCCAUUGCUUGACCUUAUUGACAAUGACGAGUCCAUUAUCCCUGAAAAGUACCCCUACGGCUCGCGCGGCCCUGCCUCUGUUUCAAAGUUCCUCUCUGAUAGAGGGUAUGUCCGUGACACUGCAGGUCUGUACCAGUGGCCUGUCACCAGAGGUAAUUUGUAA